UUGAUUUAUUUGACAAAAAAAAAAUAAUAUCAUCUUCCGCUGAUUGAUAAUACUAUCAAUAUUCAUCAUAGCAUCACUCAAAUUAUAAAUUUAUUAUGACGUCUUUUGAUUCAUCAUUUUUUUUUUUUUUUUCCAUUGUUGUAUUGUUCGCCAUUUUGUUUACUCCAAAAACUUUCUCCAAAAUAAUUUGCCCGGAAUCGCACAUGCGCUAUCCAAAUAUUUUCAUGAUCAAGAUUGUGAUUGUUGUUAAAUAAUUAUUAUCAAAUUCACAUGCAUUCUUAUAUAACUUAUAGUACAAGUUAGUUAUUUACUAACGUUAUCAACAAUCAUCAUACUCGUUAUUAAAUCUCACGUGAAAUCAUACAACAAACAAAACAAAAAAAAAAACAAAAAAACAUAGGUUAUCUGACGUUUGUUGUUAUCUGUCUAUUGUCUUCAAUAUAAAAAACUAAUUUUGCUAGAAAAAUAGAUAAUAAUUAUUAUAUUAUUUAUAGUCAGUAAUGUGUUGUUGAUUUUAUUGAUAAUAUAUCAAGAAGAACAAUGGAAGAUAUAAUUUUAAAAAGACGAAAUACUGAAUCUGAUGAAUAUAUCACAAUUGAAAGGGGUUCAGCGUACAAUUGUGGACGAGCAAAAAAUAGUCACAUUUAUUGUCCUAGUCCAGUUGUCUCAAGGAAUCAUUGCAUAUUUUUUUUGGAUUCAAAAACUAAAAUUUUAUCUGUAACUGAUUUGACUAGUUCAAAUGGAGUAUAUGUUAAUGAAAAUAGAAUUGAUCCAAAAAUUAAUUUUGCAUUAAAUAUAUCUGAUGUUAUUGGUAUUGGUUGUUGUGAUUUUACAAGUGAAAAAGAUUUUGUUUAUGAAAUAACAACACUUGCAUUAUUAAAAGCAUCAAAAAAAAGAAAAAGAAUUAAUACUGAUGAUGAAGUACCAGCAAAAGUUAUUAAAGUUAUUGUUAAUGAUAUAAAUGAAAAUAAUAAUGCUAAAAAAUCUAAAAAUAAGACUGAAGAAUUAAGCCAAGUUAGUUCAACAACAGAUUUAUUACCUCAUUUGUUAAAUUCUAAAAAUGACAAUCAAGAAUUUGAAGAAAAUAAAAAUAAAACAAAAGAAUUUACAAAUCAAAUUACUAAAAAAUUGACAACAAACAAAACAGCUGAUCCAUCUAGUAAAAAUAAUGAUAUUGAUGCAUCAACAUCAAUUGAAAAUAUCGUGAUAAAUAAAAAACAAAAAACAGAUAAUGAUGAUGAAGAUUUACGUGAAAUAAUAAAUAAAAAAAAGAAACAAAAAAGAGAUGCUGCAUCAACAAGUAUUGAUAGUAUAGAUAUACAUUUUGGUGAUAUAUCAAAUAUAACACCAGACACAAGUUUUAGUUCAAAAUAUGAAACUGAUCCAUUACGUGUAUCACCACAAAAAAAACAAAAUGAUGAAUCAUAUUUACCAAGUCCUAGAAAUGAAGAAAUGCAAGGUACUUAUUCACAAAUUCAUUUUGUUAAUCUUGAUGAUAAAUAUGAUGAUAAUUAUCAAGAAAAUGAAGAAGAAGAAGAAGAUUUUUUUCCAUGUUCACAAUUAUUUGAAGAUCCAAAUGAUUUUAAAGUUAAAACUGAAAAAAAUAAUCAUGAAUUGAGUGAUGAAUUUUCAUUUGAAUCUGAAAAAAAUAUGUUUCAAGAAAAUAAUGAUGUUAUUAAAUUAUCUGAUGAUGAAGAUGAUGAUGAGGAUGAAGACGUUGCUGAUGAUAGUAAACGUUGGCUUGCUAGAAUUUACAGAAGUCAAAUUUUAAAUGAAAGUCAAAUAAAAGAAGAAGUUAAUGAACAACCUGAUAACAAUUUAAAUGAAUUAAUUAAUGAUGAUGUAUUAGAUGACAUGGGUGAAGUAUUAAAUGAUGAUAUAUUUAAAGAUUUAGAUGAUGAAGUUGAUCAAGCAACUACAUCAGUUAUUAUUGAAGAUAAAAAAAAAUCAACAAGUGAAAAAGAAAAGAGUAAAUCAAGUGAAAAAUCAGCUAAAAAAAUUGAUGAUAAAGCUGAUAAACAUAAAAAGGAUAAAAAAAAAGAUAAAAGAAAGGAUAAAGAAAAAAGUAAAAGUAGUAUUGAAUCAAAAAGUAAAAAAAGUAAUGAACGUAGUUCAAGUAGUAGUGUUAAAAAAUCAAUUGAUUUGGAUGAGACAAAAAUAUCAAAUCAAGUACAUUUAUCUAGUGUUGAUAAAAAUAAAAAUUUAUCAAAAAAAAUUGACACGUCUUCCAGUUCAAUAAAAAAUACCAGUAUAGACAGGGCAUCAUCAUCAUCGUCAUCAAUUAGCAAGUUAAAAGCUGUUCGAAAAAUACAACAAAUUGAAGCACCAUUUCUUCUAAAAGGUGGACGACAAAGUGUCUCUUUAUCAGUUACAACUUAUGAUAAAAAAUCAAGUGAUGAUAAUAAAAAAUCAAGUGAUGAUAAUAAAACAUCAAGUGAUGAUAAUAAAACAUCAAGUGAUGAUAAUAAAUUAUCGUCAUUAAAAAAAACACCACCAAUACCAAAGUUUCAAUCAAAAUCAAAAGAAAUUAUUGAAAGAAUAAAAACAGAUGAACAAAGACGUUCAAUUGACAAAAAAAAUCGUUCAAUUAAAUAUCCUUGGGCAGUUAUUGCUGGUAUGCCAAGUGGUAAAGCAAAAUCUUCACCAUUAACAAAAGAACAACAACAAGAAAGAAAAGAAAAAUUAAGAAAAAUUGAAGAAGCUAAAAAAAAAUUAAAUAACAAUGAUGAUUCAGUGGAAAAACGUUUGGUUAAACCAAAAGCUAAAAUAUCAACAAAAUCACGUGGUGAUUUUUUACUUUCCAAUACAACUGAAGUAGCUAAAAGUUUAAAAAAAAAUGGUAUUAUUGAUGAUGAUGAUGAAGAUGAAGAUGAUGAUGACGAUAAUAAAUCUAAAAAUUCAAAUGAAGAUUCAAGUGAAUCUGAUAAUUCUGAUAAAUCAAUAGCAUCAAACAAAUCAUCUGAUAAUGAUAAAAUUAAUAAUGAUGAUGAAAAAUUAAAAAAUAUGAAAAAAAUAUUAUUAAAAAGUCCAAGAGUUAAAUUAGUUGAUUGUCAAAAAUUCAUAACAACAAAAGAACAAAAAAAAUCAUCACCAAGACAACAGCAACAAGAACAACAAAUUGAAAAAGAAAAUGAAUCACCAAAUGAAAUAAAAAAUGAUGAUAUUGUAACAACAAAUGAUAAUAAAAAAAAGCCAAAAAAACGUGUAACAUUUAAUAAUAAAAAUUUAACAACAAUUCGUGUUUAUGAAAUUGAAGAAGGUAAUAAUUUAAAAAAAUGUGUUGCUAAAGAUGCAAUGUUACCAGCAAAUAUGAUGAAAAUAAGUAAAGAAAAUACAUUAAUAACACCAAAACUUGAAGAAUUUUUAUUACAUAUACUUAAUUGGAAUCCAAUGUGGCUUGAUGAACAAAAAAGUAGACCAUAUCCACCACCAAUUGUUGAACCAAAUAGUAUAUAUCCAUUAUUAACAAAAUAUUCAUCAUAUGAUGAUUAUUAUAAAGUUAUGGAACCAUUAUUAUCACUUGAAGUAUGGGCUGGUAUAACACGUGAAUUUGAUACAUCAGAUUCAACAAAACGUCCACCAUUUUUUGCAUCAAUUGUAACUGGUUCAAUAUCAAUAAUACCAACAUCACCAAAUUCAAAUACAAAUUUAACACAGCUAAUGCUUGAAUUAGUAUUAACAAAAGAUGAAGCAACAAAACGUGGUUAUCCAGAUUAUGGUGAUUUAAUAAUAUUUGAAAUGGCAUUUAAUAAUAGUAAAAUACCAUGUAAUUUAUUUGCAUAUGUUAAUGCUAUACAUGUUAAUAUUAUUGCACCAUUUACAAGAUAUAAUAAAGAUUUAGCAAAAAAUGUUGAUAAACCACAUACAUUAAUAACGUAUACAAUAACAACAAAACUAUUAGAUAUUAAAAAUAUUGCUGUUAAUAGACGACAUCGUUUAAGAAAAUUAUGUUAUUUACGUUCAAGUAUGAGAAUGGUACAAGCACUACAAUAUCUUCCAGCAUCACCAUUAUUAAAUAGAAUACUUUCACCAUCACAUGAUAAUUAUAAAUUACCAAUAAUAAAUGAUUAUGAAAAUUAUAAACUUAAAACAAAUGAUUUAUUAAAUAAAAAACAACUUGAAGCUGUUGUUAAAAUAACUGAAAUAGUUGUACAACGUAAACCAAAAAUUUGUAUGGUACAAGGACCACCUGGUACUGGUAAAUCAAAAGUUAUUGUUAAUAUAUUAACUGAAAUAUUAUAUGGUAAUGAUCGUUAUAAAGAUGGUGUUGGUCCAUUAAGAAUUCUAGUAUGUGCACCAUCAAAUGCAGCAAUUGAUGAAAUUGUAUUACGUUUAAUUGAUAUAAGAAAAAAUAUAAAUGAUAAAAAAAAAUUUAAUCUUGUUAGACUUGGACGUUCAGAAACAAUAAAUGAAGCUGUUAAAUCAAUAUCAUUAGAAGAAUUAGCUAAACGUUAUGUAUCAAGUAAAACAAAUAAUGUUAAUCAAAAUUUAGAAAGUAUUGAAGCUGAAAAAAGUCAUCUUUUAGCACGUAUUAAUAAAUUAAAAAUGGAAUUUGAAAUAUCAAAAAAAUCAGAUAAUUUAUUUCAACAAACACUUAAAGAAAAAUUAGCAACAACAAAAUUAAAAUAUGAUUUAUUAACAAAUAAACAAACACCAAAUAAUAUUACUUCAAGUUGUACAAGAAAAUUACAUAGAGAUGCAGAAAGAGAUAUAUUACGUUAUGCUGAUAUUAUUGCUUGUACAUUAUCAUCAUGUUAUACAACAAAAAUGGAAACAUUUUUUAAUGAUCAACAAAAAAUAAGUGUUUGUAUUGUUGAUGAAGCAACACAAAGUACAGAAGCUGAAACUCUUAUUCCAUUAAUGCUUGGUGUACAAACAUUGGUACUUGUUGGUGAUCCACAACAAUUACCAGCAACAGUAUUAUCAAAUCAAGCUAAAAAAUAUGGUCUUGAUAAAUCAUUAUUUUCACGUUUAAAUGGUUAUUUUGAAUCAACACAAGAUAGUCCAGUUGUAUUUCUUGAUACACAAUAUCGUAUGGCAUAUCCAAUAUCAUAUUGGCCAAAUAUAUAUUUUUAUAAUGGUGCAUUAAAAAAUGCAUCAUUACAAAUAUUAUUACCAUUUGAAAAUUAUCGUGUAUUAAAUUUAGAAUCAAUACAAAAUACUGAUAAAUAUACUAAUUUAGAUGAAGCAACAUAUGUUACAAAUUUAAUUUAUACAAUGAUGACAUGUGAAAAAUUAAAUAAAGUUGAUGGUACAUUAAAAAUUGGUAUUGUAACACCAUAUAAUAAUCAAAAAUAUGUUAUAUCAACAAAAUUACGUGAUAAAAUGCGUCAUGUACCUGAUGAAAUUAAAAAUAAACUUAAAUGGGAAGUUAAUACUGUUGAUAGUUUUCAAGGACAAGAAAGAGAUAUUAUUAUUAUGUCAUGUGUUAGAAGUAGUGGCAUUGGUUUUCUAUCAGAUAAACAAAGAUUAUGUGUUGCAUUAACAAGAGCUAAACAUGCACUUUAUUUGUGUGGUAAUUUUCAUACAUUUGAGCGUGAUUACAUGUGGAGUACUCUUUUAACUGAUGCAAGAAGUAGAGGUGUUUAUGUUGACACAAGCUACAAAGCAAGUGUUGAUGAAAUAAGAAAACACAUUAUAAAAAAUUAAUUUCUAUUUUUUUUUUUUUAUGUAUAUUAUACCAGAUUUUUGGUGUUGUAUAUAGUAUAUUUUUUACUAACUAAAUUUUAUAUUCUUUUUUUUUUUUUUUUCCUUUAAGUUGGAUAAACAUUUAUCACUUUGCAAAAUUAUUUUUUAUUAUAACGAAUUACUUAAUUCAAAAAUUACUAAUUUUCUGAAACUCUUUUUUUGUUUUUUUAUAUAUUUCAAAAAGAUAAUUGAAAUAUUAUUAUUCUAUUAUUAAUUUUGCAAAGUUUAAAUCAUCCAAAAGGCCAUAAUUUUUAGAUUAUUUAAUUGAUAUUUUUAUACAUAUUAUUAAUAUUAUUAAAAAGGAAAAGAAAAAAAAAAGAAAAUAAAUUAUAAAAUUGCUGGUUCAUUCCUUUAAAAAAAAAAAAAUGUAUAAAUACAUAUUUUUCAUUGUGUUUUUUUAUUAUUUUUCAUUCAAAGUGCGCUUAGGUUUGAAAAAAAAAAUAUUUUCCCGCCAAAAGUAUUAUUAAAAAUGGCGAAUUAUUAUAAAAGUUGAUGGAAAAAAAAAAAAAGUUCUCUGUACUUAUAAACAAAAAUAAUAAAAAGAAAUUUGAAAUUUAUAAAAUUCAUUUGUUCAUAAGACAUUUUUAAGCAGUUGAUAACAGAAAUGGUCAAAUUUUUAUCAAUAAGUCCAGCAGAAUAUAAAUUAUCAUGCUCAAAAAUUAAUAUAAUAUAUGGUCAACAUAAAACACCAUUUGGUGAUUGUCUAAUUGGAGUAAAAAUUCCAGAAAAUGCAGUUUGUUAUUUACAUUUUAUAAAUAAAAAAAUUGGAAAAGACCUUGAUGAUUUAAAAAAUCAAUGGCCAAAUGUACAACUAAACAAAAAUCAAGAAAAAACAAAAGACAUUGUUGAUAAAAUUUUUUCAAAAGAUCAUAAU